AUGAGUCAAUUUUCGCCGGAUUCCACUGCUCCGCCCUCUUCUAGAGGUGUACCCAACGUCAUUUUCUCAGGAGACACGUCAAUGAGAGAUACUCCCGACAUGGCUGGCGAUAUCAACGCAAGACUAAAGCUGGAGACCUCAGAAGAAGAUUCCUCAGACAGUAUUGUCACUGACUCUUCCUCCGAACCGGAUGACUCGUCGCCUGCUAUCGCCCGCGGGCUUCCCGUGUCACGACUCCCUACUGGUCUCUGCUAUGAUGAGCGGAUGCGCUACCACGCAGAGGUAUCUGCAACCAGUGGAGAGAAUGUGCAUCCCGAAGAUCCGCGGCGCAUCUACUACAUCUACAAGGAACUGUGCGAGGCUGGGCUAGUUGAUGAUCCUAAAUAUCCACCCAUGGUAACUCCGCUUCUCCGGAUAGAUGCGCGAGAAGCAACUCGAGAGGAGUGCCUCCUGGUCCAUACUCCAGAGCAUUACGAUUUUGUGAAAAAAACAGCGACUUACAGCGACGAGGAACUGAUAGAUCUCUCCGAAGCCCCGGAAAUGGACUCCAUCUACUUCAAUCAACUAUCAUAUUUUUCUUCGAAGCUUUCUGCCGGUGCUGCUAUCGAGACUUGUAAAGCGGUCUUUUCUCGACAAGUGAAGAAUGCAAUCGCCGUUAUUAGGCCCCCUGGCCACCAUGCAGAAGUGCAUCGCACUAUGGGAUUCUGCUUGUUCAACAAUGUUUGCAUUGCCUCGAAAGUGUGUCAGAGCGAGUUUCGUGAUUCGUGCCGCAAAAUUCUGAUCGUUGACUGGGAUGUGCACCACGGUAAUGGAUGCCAAAAAGCAUUCUACGAAGAUCCAAAUAUUCUCUACAUAUCUCUGCAUGUGCAUAUGGACGGUCGAUUCUACCCUUCUGGGCCUGAGGGUGAUAUGUACCACUGUGGCAAUGGACCUGGAGUGGGCAAAAAUGUCAAUAUUCCUUGGCCCUCAAAAGGCAUGGGCGAUGGAGAUUACAUGUAUGCCUUUCAACAUGUUGUCAUGCCAAUUGCGACAGAGUUUGAUCCUGAUUUUGUCAUUGUGGCGUCCGGCUUUGAUGCAGCAGCUGGAGACGAGCUCGGAGGUUGCUUUGUAUCACCGGCAUGCUACGCACAUAUGACGCACAUGUUGAUGUCUCUUGCAGGUGGCAAGAUUGCAGUCUGCCUUGAGGGUGGCUACAACUUCACUGCCAUUUCCAAAUCCGCCCUUGCCGUGACCCGCACCUUGAUGGGAGAACCACCGAAUAGGUUGAUUCCCACCGCUGCCACUACUUCUGCAGUCGAAACAGUUGCCCAGGUCAGAGCUGUACAAUCGCAACAUUGGCGAAGCAUCUAUCCCAAGGAACCAUCAGGCGGAAUCUUUGGUGGCGAACGAUUGCACGACAUCAUCCGUCGAUAUCAAGCUGCUCACUUGUAUGAUAAUUACAAGUUCACACAGUUGCAUAUCUUCCGCGAGGAUGUAUCGAAAUCUUUUGACCACCAAGUGCUUGCGACGCCAAAUUACGAGACCAAACGACAUCUCUUGAUCAUCUUCCAUGAUAGUCCAGAUCUUCUCGGCACCACCUCGAAUGUCACGACCCCGCAAAAGAUUCAUGAUACCUGGCUGGUUGAUGGCACACAGUCGUACGUCCGAUGGGCAGUAGCACACAACUUUGGUGUGAUCGACAUCAACAUCCCCGAACUCAUCUCAGUGAAUCCCGACCCCUCCAUCCCUGGCCUCAAUCCGUACGAAGCAACCGAGAUCGAAUAUGCCUCAACGUCCACGAAUCAGGCUCGGAAGGAGAGCGAAAAGCUGGCAGCAUACCUUUGGGAGAACUACAUCGAGCCCUAUGAGUUCCCCGGGUACAUCUUCCUGAUGGGCGCAGGUCAUGCCUUCCAUGCUGUGGCAAAGUUGAUGAGUGAUAAUGAAUCAGUCUAUCACUCCCUCGCAGGCGUCAUUGGCUUCAUCUCCUCCGAGCCGCUCCGACCUGUCUACAAUCCCAAUAACCACAGCGUGACGCCAUGGUACGGGGAGAACUCGCGCAUCUACGUCUCCAGCGCACACUCGCUCUGGAGGAAGACAGGCCACUUGUCCCGUAAAUACGGCAAACUUAUUCGAUCCCCAGGCACCGUGCUCAAUCAGAUGAUGAAGCUGCACGAGAACGAAGUCAUUGGCUUCAUACAGGAGAAAGUGGACAUGGACGACGAUGAUGACGACGAUGACGAUGACGAAGGGGAUGAUGAUACUGAGGAUGAUGACCAGGAUCAGGAUCAGGAUCAGACAACAAUCGGUGCUGCUGGCUUAGGUGGUGGUUUCUCGGCGCCUUCCUCUCAGCAACAGCAGGUAUUGGUGCCUAUCACGUCUUCUGCAAAUGUCGGUGCUGGGGUUGCAGCGGCUGGUGUCGCUUCUUCGCCAGAACUUGGGGAUGUGUUUAUGUCUACGGAGCAGUGA